AGGAGUGGUUCAGUUUUGGCCUGGCUGUGAAGGUGAGCGGAUGGAGUGUCAGUACUGUUACUGGAUUUGUAUUAAUAUUACGUUUGCAAGACAAUUGAGCGGCAUAGUUUGUGUUGACACGGCUUAUUACCGCAGUCUGCACAGCGUCUGCAGUGUGGCAAGCCUUCGCCUCCUCCGCCCCCCUGUCAGGUAUGGAGGGGUUAGGGAAAGGAGGUCGUGUUCCUGGGGCUGCCCCUGACAGGCCAGCUGACGCCCCUUGAUGUCUCCAUGGCCGUGGUGAGGCAGGAGAGGACUCAAGUUUAAAACAACACUCAAAUGGCCUCUCAACCCUCGAUCUCUCACUAACCCUAACGUGAGUGAAGUCAAAUUUGCCUUAGCGUUAAACACUCACUCAACCACCCGCUCCCUUACUUUCACAGUUGGCAGCCCUUGAAAGCGAAGUGAACGAAUGCAGCACAUAGGAGAAGAGGAGAGGAUACUUCUAUUAGACUUAAUCAAUGAAAGAAGAGCUGUUCUCCUCAGCAAAGCCACCGAUGCCCGCAUUAUACCGGUCAAGGCAAGAGUAUGAGAGGAGAUCACGAACUCUUGCUGCCAGUGGUCUGGGGCCGCAGAGGACUGUAAAACAGAUUAAGAAGAUUUGGGAAAACAUGAGAUCAAGGGCCAAGAAGUUUGUUAGUGACCAGAAGAAAAAACUGUGUCGAACAGGAGGUGGUCCUCCAAGUCCAGUCGUCAAGCCAGACCCUGUAUUGGAGAAAAUCCUUGCUCUCAUCGCAGACGAGCUAGAACUGGACCCAAACCACAAUGACAGUGACAGAUGGCCAACAGAUGUCACUGUUGUUGUUAUUAUUAAUGAGAAGGGAGAGCAGUUGGAUGAGCCGAUGGCCAUGACUGAACAGCCAUCCACAGCAUGCUCAGUGCCUAUUUUGCUCAUGCCUACCAGAGGAAAUGAUAGUGCACCUGCUGCUUGCACCUCUUUUGUUGAGUCAUCGGGAACUGCAGCUUUGCUCUACAGUCCUGCCAUCCACAGCACACCUCUUCCUUUAACUUCUAAGGACGUUCGUGGAACUGUAGUGUCAUCCUCAAGCUCCUCCAACCACUGUACACCACUUUCUUCAACCUCUGUUGAGGUACCUGCAACAGUAGCUUCAAUUUGUAGCACACCUCUUCCUUCCACCUCUGUUUUGGCAUCGGUACCAGUUACCUUUCCAAGUGAAUUGUCACCAAUACAGUCUUCCAGUGCGAGAGGAAAAGUGAGUGGGAAAAAGUUUAAAGCAGAGAAAAGGCAAGUGGAAGACAGUGUUGGCAGAGAGUCCUAUGAAAUGUUGUCAAAGUUUCAAAAGGAAGAACAUGAAAUAGUGAUGCAAAUUCAUAAACAAAACUUAGAAAAUAAAAAGAUGGAAGGGGACUGUCUAUGCCAAGCAAUGAAAAUUAUGUCUUCUAUACAUUCAAGAGUUGAAAACACUGGAAGAUGUGCAUGGAGCUGCAGGUGCAUUUGUAGAUUUCUUGGACAAUUCUAGAAAUGAUAAGGCAUAAAUUUGUUUUGUGGUGUUGCUGUUAGAUCAAGAUCCAAAGUUUCUUUA